UGAGACGAUCAGUACGCUGCUGCUGCAUUCGUGAGUCCAUUAGCUGCCUGCCUGUGCUGCACGCUGCCUCCAAUCACAACCACAACCGCGAUCCCCAAUUUCGCGACGCGUCGUGAGCUACGCGCGCAGACAGCAACACCUUCGCUCGCGCUCGCUCGCGCCCGCAUGCAUGCAUGCCUCUCUGCAUUCGCAUUCGUGAUUAGAACUCGGUGCCCAUCAUGCCUAAACGGUACGGCACGACUUUCGUUGCUCCGCGUGAGUCCUCCUAUCCAGGUGAAGGGCGAUGCAAACGCACGUAUGCUCAUCCCUUCAUCCCGCGAAUCAAGGAACCACAUCGAAAGCGGCGCUCGCUUCGAAGGCGGCUUGUCUUGGACGUAUGAUGCAGACACGCAAGGUCGCUUGAGGGCGAGUAGAGGCUUAGAGCGGCCCGUGAAGGGUGGAGAGACAAAAGACCUUUGCCGAUCUCUUGGGCGGUCGACGCUUUGUGGCGAAUCUUGCUAAGACGGGACGCAAGUUUAGCGGGUGGAUUCGGGUGGAUUUGAACCUAGACCGCUUGCUCAGGAGGUGCAACUGGUGAGGUGU